AUGGCUGCUUCCCAAAAAUUUAGUUCCCUUGCUGGGAAAUGGCGGUGAAUGAUCUGAAACCCACAAUCGUUGUGAUUUAGCUUCUGGCUUCUUGGUAAGGCUGGGCUUCUUCGCAAAGAGUAUGGGUUUUUGACUCUGAGCAUAUAGUUGAAGGAUUCUGAAGGAGGUGAAGAAAUUUCUCACGAUGCGGUUGUUCCCCUUGAGCUCUAGCUCUAGCACGAAUUUGAGCUCGGAGAGGGAGCAAAAUAGUGAGAAAAAGAGUCGUACUGUGGUUUAUCUCAAUGUAUAUGACCUUACGCCUAUAAACAAUUAUCUUUACUUGUUCGGGCUUGGAAUCUUUCAUUCGGGUAUAGAAGCGCAUGGUAUGGAAUAUGGCUUUGGUGCACAUGAGUAUCCAUCAAGUGGAGUGUUUGAGGUUGAACCUAGAAGCUGCCCUGGCUUUAUCUUUAGACGAUCAGUGUUGCUAGGCAGCACUGACUUGUCUCGUACAGAAUUUCGUUGCUUCAUUGAGCGCCUCUCUUCUAAUUAUCAUGGAGAUACUUACCAUCUGAUCGCCAAGAAUUGCAACCAUUUUACAGAUGAAGUCUGUCAGCGGCUAACUGGGAAAUCUAUCCCUGGAUGGGUAAAUCGGAUGGCUCGUGUAGGUUCUUUCUGCAAUUGUCUUUUGCCAGAAAGCCUUCAGGUUGCUGCAGUUAGACAUCUUCCUGAACGUCUAACAUAUACUGAUGACGAAGGAUCAGAAUCUGGGUUGUCUGCAUCAAUAGAAAGUGAAGAGGAGGAGCCAAAUCACCAUCUGCUAACAGCAUCUAGUGGUGACGUAGCCUUUCUAAAGGAAAACCGGUGCGGCUAGCUCGGGAGCUUCUUUGAUUUUAUCAGUUCCUGUCGUGUUGUGAUUAUAUUAUUCUUUGUUCGGUUUGCAUCAUAUUCGUAUAUACAAUCGCAGCUCACCCUGGUGACAAGCUUAUCAAACAGCUCUAUCUGGAGAAGCAAAAGGCAUAUUUAACAGUACAGUGACGUGUGAAGAUAAUCUGUUCAACCAAUGUCCAGCCCCCUUAAAGCUGGAGGGGCUGUCUGAAUUCUUAUAGAAGUCAUUAGAUUUCAAAAAGCAAAAAUGUUCUGGCUCAGGUGUGCUAUGUAUUGUGUGUGUUUGUGUACACCCCCGCCUUGUGUGUUUGUGUAUGCCCCCCGCUUUUUUGGGGUGUACAAGUGCUAGGCAGGCUACAACUUUACUCCCUAAAUCCACAACUCUGUGUAAAUUCCCCCCCCCCCCCACAUAUAUAUAUCUAUUGUGAUUCCGCUCUAAUAUGGUUUGGGAGUUGAAGUCAAAUAAAACUUUGAAGGUGUGUGGAGGACGAGUUCUGAUGGUGAUGAGCCUGGGCCUCUGUAUAAAGGAUGGAACAGUUUGUCUUGUAUUUCUGGUGCUUUUCAUUGCUGUUUGUGUUUGGAAACAUUUGCAUGGAGGUUGGGGUCACGGGAAGGCGAGAUUUGGACGGGUGAAUUAAAGUAACACGCAAAGGUGGCAAGCUAAGUGCAUUGGAUUCCUUCGCUUUUUCCGGACAACUUCCUUAAUAGCUAAUCCUUGCUCUCGGCUCACGUAGGACCAAGUGUUAUCAAGGAGUGUGUGUGAGAGAGACACAGAGGGUACGGAUGGAUGAAAUUAUCUGUGUAGGGGUUUAUAUGGACAAAUUCAAAUUCAGGGGAACAAAUUAAACUUUUGACUUUUGUAAUUUUAUUUUAUCUUCUGUUUAUUCCCGUGUGAAUUUUUACGUUUAUUUAUUGCUAUAUAAUUUAAUCCU